UAUUUUCUUGUGGUCCUCGAAAAGAACUGUUGACCCAAAAGAACUAACGAAAGUGUCAAUUAUCCUCAAGAAUAGGCAAAAAGGGAAGUGCCAAGUCGACUACACAGAAGAAGUUGGAACUGAGCUGUUAAGGAUGAGGAUGAGUCGGAUCCUUGCAAGUCAUCGUCACCAAUCCCUCGAGCCUUGGAGACGGGAAGGACGCCUCUUCUGGUCUCCAAGGGACGUGUAAUUAACAGCCGUGACCCCUUCUAUCAUGUCCUCUGACUUGGGACCCGUCUUCAUUCCCCGCCUCUUCCAUCAUGGUUGAUGGAGUAAGUCCCGAAAAAUAAAGUUAUAUGAUUCUUCAUUAUCCAACAAUGGCUUAUUUCUUUUCCAUACUUGCUUGAUAUAAUUGACAUCUGGAAGAUGUUUUUAAUGGCUCUGAUGGGGCAUAUAUGUCUUUUUGCUUUUUCUUCCGAUCCAUUUCGUGUCCUCUUCCCCACGGUAUAUAUAUCGAGGGAUCGGUGGGUUGUUGAAACACAAAACAUCCGUCGUUGGCUCGGAAACAUGACCGAAGAAGAUAAGAAACGCGGCGAGGCGGAGAUCCAGCGGUGGCUUGAGGUCGGGAGUGUCGAGAUCCCGCCGGCCGAUGUCCGGAUCGUGACGUCCGGCGGGCGGCGAAUACCUGUUCACUCCACCGUUCUGGCUUCUGCGUCGCCUGUGCUGGAGAGCAUACUGGGUGGACCGCAUAAGGGCAGGAGUCGAGGAAGGGAGAUCCCCAUUCUUGGCGUCCCAUGCGACGCUGUCCAAGCCUUCGUUCACUCACUCUACUUUGCCAGGCGGCCGUACGACAGGUGCGUGUCAGCCACAGAGGAGGAGAUGAUCGGGGAGCACGGAAUGCACCUGUUGGCGCUGUCGCACGCGUACCGCGUCGGGUGGUUGAAGCGCGCUGCCGAGCGGGCGCUCUCGUUGCGGCUGACCGCCGAGGGCGUGGUGGACGUGCUGGUGCUGUCGCAGCGGUGCGACGCGCCGCGCCUCCACCUGCGGUGCAUGCAGCUGCUGUCGAAGGACUUCGCCGCGGUGGAGCAGACCGAGGCCUGGCGGUUCCUCCAGGACCACGACCCCUGGCUCGAGCUCCACAUCCUCCAGUUCCUCCACCACGCCCACCUGCGGCGGCGGCGGCAGGCGAGGAGGAAGGCGGAGCAGAGGUUGUACGCGGAGCUGCACGAGGCCAUGGACUGCUUGCGCCACAUCUGCGCCGAUGGGUGCGGGGAGGUGGGGCCCUCAGGCCGGCUCCUCCCAGCCCACGCCCGCCCCCCCUGCCCCAACCCCGUCAGUUGCCGCGGCCUCCGGCAGCUCAUCCGCCACUUCGCGGCGUGCGACCGGCAGAAGCGGCAGCAGCACGGGUGCCGACGCUGCAAGCGCCUGUGGCAGCUGCUCCGCCUCCACGCCUCCAUCUGCGACGAGGUCGACGACGCCUCCUGCAAGGUUCCCCUCUGCAUACAAUUCAAGCAGAGGAUGCAGGAGAAGGAAGGGGAAUUGGAGGAGGACGAGGCCGAGAGAUGGAGGCUACUGGUGAAGAAGGUGGCCUCCGCUAGAGUUAUGUCGCACUUGGCCAAGAGGCAGAGUCAAGUAUUAGUUUAAUGAUAUAUUUUGUCGGCUACAUUACAUUAAUGGUCUGAUCGAGUUCUGAAUUUAAAUUUCUGUUAAUUAUUGCCUUACACAUCGUGUUGUAAAUUUCUGUCCUAAUCUAGUAAUGCAAUAAGA